UGGGUGUGUGGGGAAGGCGGUGGAUGUAGAGUGGGAGCGCGGAGCGGUGCACCCACGCAGGGUGAACGAUGCUGAGGAAAAUAUCCCCGGUCUGCUGCGCGGCGCCGUGAUGAACGCUCCCGGGGCGGCGGGCCGGCGGAGCGGCCGCUGGGUCGCCGGCUGUCAGGCGCUGCUGCUCGGCGCGUCGGCGCUGGUUAUCGUGGCCGAACGGGGCGCUCUGAUCUACUGCAUAGGUUUUUACCUUUGGAACGAGGAGACGCAGUGGGUGGGGCUCACCCUUGGCCUCUUUGUACCAGGGAUGGCGGUUCAGCUGUUAAGUCUGAAGUGGUACUACGACGACGGCGAUGACAGGCGCUGCUUCCUCUCUGUCAUACACGUGCUGCACCUGGGCAUCUUCAAAAGGCUGUGGGAAUGCAUGAGGUCUGUGUUGCACACACACAGCUCAGUGGCUGAGCUCGCCUUCGCCGUCAUGCAACAGGCGGAUGUCGCCGCUCUUUGGCUGAUGGAGGCCCUCGUCCUCACGCUGCCUCAGAGCCUGCUGCAGGCGUAUGUCGUGAUGUCUACUGAUGUGGGCAUCAUGUCCCCAGUGGCGUACUGCUGUGGUCUGUGCCUGCUGUCCGUUUCCUGGGCCCUGGUGCUGUACAGCCGAGCCUGCUGCCUCAUCCGACCGGGACACCUGGCCAUGCCACCGGCUGCUCUGCUGUGCCAGCUGGUGUGGCGAGCGGGCAUGCUGGGAGCCAGGGUGACCUGCCUCACGUUCUUCGCCAGGGUGUUUAACUGGUGGGUCUGCGGCGUGGUGGGUUUCCACUGGCUCACUGCUUCCUUCUGGCUGGUAUCACAGCAACCAGACAUCUGCAGCGGCCCCUGGUGCUGGCGCGCCUUCAAUGGCAUCAUGGGACUCGUCCAUGUGUUUUUCUUCCUCAACAUCAAAGACGGACCUUCGCGCUUUCGCAUGGCCUGCUUUUACGCGUUCAUGCUCAUAGAGAAUGCCACUCUGCUACUGGCUGCCUCUGACUUCCUCAGUGAAGCAUCAUGGGACAACAUGACCCUCCCCGCCGCUGUGCUGUGUAGCUUUCUCCUCGGUGCUACCUCUUUGGUCCUAUACUACCGGUUACUCCACCCCAAGUCAACAGAGAUUUCCCAGGGAUCAACUCACAACCACAUGGCCAGCACAUGUAUUGAACGAGGAGAGUCCUCCAUUUCUUUUGGAGAUAAAAGCCUGCCACCUUCCUCCAGUCAAAACCAUGGCAGCUUCUCCCUUUCAGGCAUUGCAGGAACCCUACUAGAACAUCCGGGUUUAUGCGGUGCCAGACCUAACAGCUCUUGCCCUUGUUACCACCACCAUUGGCUGUUGAUCCGGUUGGCCCUGAAAACCGGAGACCUGGUGAAGAUUAACAGGGCAUAUGGGGCCAGUGGAGCAGCAGCAAUACUGGGUACAGAAGAGUACAACCAAGAGUUCAAGAAUAAUGACAGCGCCAUGAUCACGGCAGCCGCAAGCUGCGAGGCUGUCUCCAUGGAUGAGUCUCAGGGUCAGGGUCUGGCACCCCUCUCGGACUGCAAAGAUGAGUUUCAAAGUGUGAGUGAACCCACGUCGAACGAACAACCUGAAGAAGAGGACGACAGUUUGGAGAUGGAGAGCCCAAUGGAGUCGCCGGCGUCGGACUUCAAGCGCCGCUCACCAGAGGGUAAAUCUGUGCUCUGCGACAGUCCAGAGCCGUAUUUUUGCCCCACAGAGUCAAGUUCAACGAUAUAUUUCAGUGCUGAUCCUCAGUCACCCAGCAGCACCAGUAACCCACAUUUGGACCGGGACACUGGGGGACCGGAGAGGGGGAUGCACCUUAACUCCAUCCCAAGUGAUCCAUCCCUUCACCGAGACAUCCGCGGGCUGAUGAGCCGGGUCGGGCCACAUUGCACUUCCACUCCUAAACUGGAUUGUGGAAUGUUGGGCUCCCCAUCAAGCGUCCUGCAUUUCACAGGUCCGAGGAGACAGCUCGUUAUGUCUCGAAAAGAUGAAGACGAUAACUUCUAAGCCUUCUUGUGACAUAAUGUUUUAAGAGCAGCCUUUAUUAGAUGGUACCUAAACAAUCCUAAAUGUGCUGGAUGAAAAAGCCAAUCAGACGUUUCAACUCAAUAUGUCUAUAUUUAGAACACGAAACAGAUCUGGUCAUGCUAAGCUAGCUUGCGAACUAGCUUGUAAGAGACACACUGUUCUAGAAGCAUUAGCUUAACUAAAUGCCAAAAAUGCAGAGGGGAAACAUUUAAAGGGGUCAUAUUAUACAUAUAUACAUAUUUACAGGAAGCUAAUAUAGAACACCGGGUGACUUAAAAACAUAUCUUAAAGUAUGUAGCCUAAAAUACCCAAAUAGAAAAGGUUAGCAACUCAGUAACAGGAAUUGCUGUUUGCUACACUUUCCAUCUCUCUCUGACGUUUUAAUCAUGUCUGACAGAAAAAGCAGGUAAGUCCUUCCUUGACAUACGUCACAGAAGACUAAAAAAGCCAUUUCAAGUCAAAAUUGUAUUUACAGCUUCGUAGUAUCUGUAUUAGCAGUCAUAGCCAUUGUGGACCUUUGUGGAAAUUUGCAUUAAUGGAAUAUAGCAUUAAUAACCGUCUGCUCAUUCAUGUGUAAUUAAUUACCUGCAAUAACAAAUCAAUGCAUUUUAAUAAUCUUAGAAUGAGCCCUUCAUGGAAACCGCCAUCUUGCACCCAAGCGGGAAGCUUCGAUGGUCUCAGAUGAAGCCCAACCGGAAUAAGAAAAAGAUGUAGUUCCUUGACUGACCACUUGAAGCUGGCUACAAAACAAAGCGCAUUCUCAUAGUAGUCCAUGUUAAAAUGUCCAACUUUAUAGUUGAAAUAAACAUGUUUACCGCCUGGUACAAAAAAAAACCAAAAAUGUUUUGGUUGCUAUAGCUAGUUUCCUCCUCCAUGACAACUAUAUGGGGGGUGUUUUUUUCUCUAACUAAUAAGUUAGAGAUGUUUUAAGGCACAUAGUUCUGUAAAAUUGGGGGCAUGGUCAAUUUGAGUGACAACAGCUGAGCACAGUGACUCCGCCUCUGGUAGUAUCCGAUCGCAGCUCACAGUCUGUGUAAUUCGGCUGCUAGCUGUUGUGGAGGCUGCGUCUAUACUUUGGAGUAUUUUAAAUGCUGCAUGCUAAUGGCGUUAGCGCUUUUAGCAGCUAUCGGUAGCCGGAUCUAUUAAGCCACAUUAAUGUGUGAUUACAAAGAAAUUAAGUGACUUUUAAUAUCCACACCAAAGUAAAUUGUUUUGAGAACUGCUACACAGUCCUCAACAAUGAGUUUUAAUAAAUACCCGCACCGAGAUUAGCCUGUUAGCUUAGCUGGUUUGGACACAGACAGAGGGGCCCCUUUAUGCAUUGAGUGUAUUGUGAAUCAGCGAGGCUGCUGCUGCCAAUGUGGCAACGCUUAGACAUGAGUCUGUAGGAAACGCUAUGGGUGACAUCAUGCAGGCUUUGUCCAGUAUAUAUACAGUCUUUGGUUGCACCGCCAUAUUGAUACAGUAACCCAAAAGGGUCAUACUUGCUCUGAACUUUGAAUUUUGCGGUGGGCCCAGAAGAUUGAGGGGAAAAAUAAUAAGAAUCAGUGGUGGCUGCCCUAUACGCUGUCUGCUUGUUGCUAGGGCAGGCUACCAACUUUGAUAACCCUCAUUUUUUUGAACUAGAGGAUUUUACAUAUUAUCAGAAGGCAAUGGAGUGUGAAUCCUUGUUGCCAAAGAAGCAAAAACAGGAAGGAAAACAAAAUACUGACCAUCAACAGGAUAAUGCAAUCUACAACCUCACCACUAGAUGACACUAAAUCCUACACACUGUAGCUUUAAAUUAAAGAUUUCAAAAAGAUGUCCUGCACAAUAUGGCUCCCUUAAAUGUGAUUGUCAGAUUAAUGACUUCUAGCAGUUUUGCAGAUGGAGACAUUGUUCUGAGAUCUUUUCCAUCUCAGCAACAGCCAGAUGUUCACUGGCUUCUCAAAAGCACAAAUAUCUUCUGUACAAUAUCUAUUUUGCUGUGAUUUUUGAAUUUAUUUUUAUUUUGAUUGAAAAAUCAUAUUCCUGUCCCCUCAGACAGUAAUAUGCUGUAUUUUUUGUACACUCACGUUGACUGGCAAUGCUUAGAGCAGGCCCAUUGUGGCAACCUGGCAAAACUGUUUGAUGUUCUAACUUUAUUAAUUGCUGUAAUACAUUUUUUUAAAUUAUUAUUAUUGAUAUUUUGAUUUUGAGAAAAGAUCUCUCAGGUACUUUAACUCUCAAAUGUCAGCUGUGAAACAAAAUGAAAAGAUGGUUAUAGUUUUUGAGUUUUUAAUGUGCUCUUGGUUAUGUGUGGGCCAAAUUUUGUUUCGCUCACUGCUUGUUCUCAUGAAACACACAAAAUCCACAGGCAAAGCACUGUGCUGGGUUUGUGUAUUUUCUCUUGUUCCGAGGUGACUGUCGAUAUAAAACUCUGAAAAUGUGAAGUGCGGAGCCACUGGUGGCUUUAAACAAGCAAUAAAUAUCUGACAUACUGGGGUGACGAGAAUAAAAAUGCUAAAAGG